AUGGAAAAAAUAAAAUCUGUACUAAAAGAAUACACUGCCCACGCCCUCAAACUUAAAACCAGAAGAACGACGUGCAUGAAACGUUUAGAGAUGUUUGAAAAAUCUAUCAUAGAGUGUGUUAAAAGUGUUGUAGCCAAGGCCGAGACAGAUAUCGAAAGCAGAUUAGCACCUGAAAUUUGCAGUGCGCAAGAAUAUAUCCAAAGGUAUAAUGAGCUACUGUCAAGGCUAGCUUGUAUGUCAGCAAGUUGUGUAAAUGAAAACAAUGAUAUCGCUGAAUAUAAGAAAGUAUUAGAAGGUAAACGUAUGCUAAAUGAGAUACAUAUCGAAUCUUGUGUGUUCGAUGACAAAUUGACAACUGACUGUAAGUUUCAAAAUGAAAUCAUGGAGGCCAUUUACAGAUCUCUUAAUGAAGGCCGAUUAUAUGGUACUUUAGCGAUCAGAGAUUCUGGAAAUUGCUUUAAUGUUCCAAAUAUAUGCGUGAAAGAAGACGACGCUUCUCUCUUAAUUUUAUCAACUGACUACAAUAACAGGAACAUAAUACGCGUUGAUACCUGUUUACAAGACAUGGGAAGUUUGACAGUAGAAGGAUUCGUUUGGGGACUUUGUGAGAUCAAUAAACAUGAUAUUGCCUUUACUUUGACAGACUUGAAAAAGGUUCAAUUUAUGUCUUCUGAUGCAUGUCAAGCAAAAACUAGCUUCCAUACACGUAUACCCUGUCGUGGUAUCGCAUGUCUUAAUGAAAAGAUUUAUGUUACAGGUGGUGGAAUGAUUGGAGAAGAGCAAGGGCAAUUAAAUGUGUUUGAUUUGAAAGGAAAAAUACUCUGUAAGUACCAUCAAGAUUUGAAUGGAAACUAUUUCAGUAUUCCACGAAGCAUUAUAGUAAAUGGCGAAGGAACAUUCAUCACAGAUAAAAACAACGGUGUCAUUUGUUUAGAUUUGGAAGGACAGCGGAAGUGGGUGUCAAACACAUCAAAAUGCAAAUUUCCAUGGGGAAUUUGCUUCACGCCAAAUGGGAAUCUUUUUGUUUCUGGUCAUUUGUCAAACAAUAUUGUGAUUGUAAGUAAAAAUGGGGAAUUUCUAGGUGAACUGUUAAACAAAAAUGACGGUCUAUCAGCACCACAGGGUCUCGGCAUUGACAAACGGAAUAACUGCAUUGUAGUCUCUGAAUAUAAGAAGCCACAUCUGAAGAUGUUUUACAUUGGCGAUUGUGAUAUAUGA